AUGGCGUCAACAGAGAAGAACGUCGCGGCCGAUGCGGCGCCCGCUGCGGCGCCGUCGCCCGAGCCCGCUGUUGGCCACCCCGAGGAGCUCAAGGAGAAGGUCGUCGUCGAUGUCGACGAUGCCGCGGAAGAGGAAGAGGAUCUCUACAAGCCUCUUCUCAUGGACCCGUCGAUUCCCCACGAGCCAAACCCGCUCACCAUCCGUGCCGUCGUCGUGGGUGUCAUACUCGGUACUCUCGUCAGCGCUUCGAACUUGUACCUGGGUCUCAAAACCGGUUUCACGUUUUCGGCCAACAUGUUUGGCGCCAUCUUUGGUUUUGGUAUCCUCAAGUUCCUGUCCAAGGCAACCAAGGGCUACUUUGGACCUCAGGAGAACAGCAUUGUCCAAGCCGCCGCAACCGGAGCCGGAGGUAUCAGCGGAAUUUUCGUUGCUGGUCUGCCGGCCAUGUACCGUCUCGGCCUCAUGAGCAAGACCCCCAUGGAGGAUAUCGGCCGCAUGUUCACCAUCACGAUCGUCUGCACGUUCGUCGGUCUCUUCUUCGCCACUCCCCUGCGCAAGUUCUUCGUCAUCCAGGUCGCCCGCGAGCUGCGUCUUUUGUUCCCUUCGCCCACCGCCACCGCUCUUACCAUCCGCUCCAUGCACGCCGGUGCUGCUGGAGGUAUCGAGGCCAUGAAGAAGCUCAAGGGACUCCUGUUUACUUUUGGAGCUGCCAUGGUGCACCGUGUGGCUUCGUACUACGCCAUAGGGAUUCUUUACGACUGGCAUUUCUUCACCUGGUUCCACAUCUGGUCCGGUUACACCUCCUGGGCGCUGAAUAUCGAGUCGUGGGGAUGGUACUUUGAGGUGACGCCGUCCUUCAUCGGCUCCGGUAUGCUUAUCGGUCUCAACUCUGCCUUCAGCAUGUUCGCCGGUUCCUUCUUGGCCUGGGGAUUCAUCGGCCCGCUCCUUGUGCACUAUGAGGAAUGCAUUGGUAUCCAGCUCUCGGAUGACCCCAAAUGGGACAGCCUCUACUCGUUUGCCUCCCUUUCGGGCCUUGGAAAGCGCAAGCCUUCGCCUCGCUACUGGCUCCUCUGGCCCGGCGUCAUGAUCAUGGUGUGCAGCUCCAUGGCCGAGCUCUUCAUCCAGUACAAGAUCAUUGGCGUUGCCUUCAAGGCCGGCUGGCGCCAGACCUGCAUCGGCAUCAACGACAUGCUCGCAAAGCGCGGAAAGCAAAACGCCUUCUUUGCCGCUCAGGCUGCCAAGGGCGCCGAGGAGGACUCGGACUCUCAGCUUGUUGUGGACUCGGCCAAGCCCGAGGACCGCGUCAGGACUUGGAUGUGGACGUCUGGUCUGCUCGCCUCGUUGAUUCUGUCCAUCCUCGUCCUUCACUUCCAGUGGAACAUGGGCGGCGGCUUGACCAUCCUCAUUGUGCUUCUGUCCUUCAUCUUCUCCUUCCUGGCCGUCCAGAUCGGAGCCGUUACCGACACGACGCCCCUCACGGCCGCUAGCAAAGCCGCCCAGCUCGUCGUUGGUGGCACGACCUCGAGCGCCGGCUUCGCCCUGGCUGACGCGCAGCGCAUCAACAUCAUCGCAUCCAGUGUCGCCGGCGGCGCCGCCGGUGUCGCCACCGAUCUCACCAGCGACUUCAGGGUUGGCUUCCUGCUCGGCACCCCGCCCAUCAAGCAGUGGAUCGCACAGGCCAUCGGCUCCGUGUUCAGCGUCUUCAUCGCCCCGGCCAUGUUCGUCCUGUUCGCCACGGCCUACCCCUGCAUCGUCACCACGCAGGGCGACAAGGACCACUGCGCCUUCGCCACCCCCUCCGUCGCCGCCUGGCAGGCCGUCGCCCAGGCCGUCACCGACCCCUCCAUCUCGAUCCCCAAGAGCUCCGGAAUCACCGCCUGCCUGCUCGGCGCCCUGUCCAUCGCCCAGGUCGUCUUCCGCCACUACUACCUCGUCGGCACCCGCGAGAAGUACAGAGAUUACCUGCCCAACUGGGGUGCCAUCGCUCUCAGUUUUGUCAUUCCCAGCCCUGUCUUUACCAACGCCGCUCUGGCUGGAGCUCUGAUCGCACACUUCUGGCGCAAGUACCGCCCCCAGAGCUGGGAGACCUACGGCUACGCCGUCGCUGCGGGAGCCAUCGCCGGCGAGGGAAUGGGAGGUGUCAUCGGCGCCGUCCUGCAGCUCGCCGACGUUUCGGGCGACCGCUACGGCACAAACAUUGCCUGCCCGGCUGAUUCUUGUUAG